AUGUUUCCAGGUAUACCUCUAAUUCAGAAUACAGCUUAUUUACAAUGGUUUGAAAUGCAACGACGUCGAUUUCAAGAAAAUCAUAGAGCUGUUAAACGCAAAGGCGCUGUUGAAAUUGAUCCAGUAGAACAUAUUUAUGCUCAUCCAGAUUGUACUGAUAAAUUAAAAGAUUUUAGUUCAAUUGGUGUACAAACAUUAUAUGAUGUUAUUCAACAUGGUUUACAAGCAGGUGGUAAUCGACCACAAUUUUCAUAUAGAAAAUCAUCCGAUGAACCAUUUCAAUCUUAUACGUAUAAAGAUGUGCUUCAAAUAAUGCAAGAAACUGGUAGUGGCAUAGCUAGUCUUGGUCUUAAAAUAUCAAAUAAAACAUUCAUUGGUAUAUAUGGUUCAGCUUCAGUUAAUUAUGCAUUAACUUUAUAUUCCUGUUGGCCAUUUUCAUUAGUACCCAUUGGUAUAUAUGAUUCACUUGGUCAAGACGGUGUUCGAUAUAUAAUAAGACAUGCUGAAGUUAAAUUAAUAUUUGCUGAUGAAUUAACACGUGUACAUAAUUUAAUUGAAUGGAAAGAUGAUACAUUAGCAUUAAAAAUAAUAAUUACAUUUAUUGAACCAACAUCAGAAUUAUUGAAAGCAGCCGAAGAAAAAAAUCUUAAACUUUUAACAUAUGAUAAAUUAAGAGAAAUAGGUCGAAAUAAUUUAAUUGAUUUUGUACCACCAAAUGUCAAUGAUACUGCUCUAAUUAUGUAUACAAGUGGAAGUACAGGAGAACCAAAAGGUUGUAUAAUUACACAUGAAAAUUUUAUUACUGCAAUGUUUGGUUGUGCUGCAGCUAUCGAUUUAGAAUCAUUAGCAAUCAAUGAAGUUCCUCGUGCAUUAAAUUUUUUACCAAUGGCACAUAUGUUUGGUUGUGGAACAGUUGUUGCAAUAACUUAUUUAGGUGGAGAAGUUGGAUUUUGGCAAGGUAAAGUUGAUAAAUUAUUAGAUGAUUUUCGUGAUUUUCGUCCAACAUUACUUUCAAUCGUGCCACGUUUACUCAAUAGAUUAUAUGAUAAAGUUCGAUCAGAAAUUCUUAAAAAAGGUUUACUUGGUCGAAUUUUAUUUCGUUUAGCUAUUUAUAAUAAAUUAGCAUUAAUAAGACGUGGAGAUUUUUCACAAAAUACAAUAUGGGAUAAAAUUUUAUUUGAUAAAAUUCGUCGACAAUUUGGUGGACAAAUUCGACGUGUUGUUUCAUCAAGUGCACCACUUUCAGCUGAAGUUUGUCAAUUUGCUCGUGCAGCAUUUUCUUGUUUUCUUAUUGAAGCAUAUGGACAAACAGAAUGUGUUAUUGGUUGUUGGCAAACAUUACAUGAUAUGGAAUCAGGUGAAACAGGUAUUCCAACUAUAUUUAAUCAUAUUAAAUUAGUUGAUGUACCAGAAAAAGAUUAUUAUGCUGAAAAUGGUGUUGGAGAAAUAUGUAUAAGAAGUAAAGCUGUAUUUAGUGGCUAUUUAAAAGAUGAAGCUAAAACACGUGAAGUUAUUGAUGAUCAAGGUUGGUUACAUACAGGUGAUGUUGGAAGAUGGACACGACAUAAAACAAUGACAAUUAUUGAUCGAAAAAAAAAUAUGUAUAAGCUAAGUCAGGGCGAAUACAUCGCACCGGAAAAAAUUGAAGAUGCAUAUUCACGUAGUCAAUUUGUAUCUCAACUAUUUGUUUAUGGUGAUUCAUAUAAAAAUUUUCCUGUUGCUGUUGUCGUAUUAAAUGAAGAUUAUGUUAAAAAAUGGAGUGCAAAAGAUGAUAAUACUCGAUGUAAUACUGAAGAAAAAUUAAAACAAAUCGUACUUAAUGAUAUGCUACGAGAAGGAAAAAAACGUGGUUUAAUGUCAUAUGAACAAGUUAAAGCUAUUGAAUUUAUUAAAGAACCAUUUACAAUUGAAAAUGGACUUUUAACACCGACAUUUAAAUCACGACGAUUUGCCGUAGAAAAAAAAUAUAAAGACUUUUUUAUAAAGUUAUAUAAAAAACUCGAUGGUUAA